AUGUCCAUGGCCGCGUCUCUGCGCCCGGCAGCGCGGCGAGCAACCCAGUGCCUGCGCCUCGACACGCGAAGACGACGCACCUUUGCCUCGACCGUCCGCAGGGACGCCGACUUUACCCACAUUGUCAUCGGCGCCGGCGUCGUCGGCCUCGCCACCGCCCGCCACCUGACGGCCACGCACCCGUCGAGCACGACGCUGCUCGUCGAGCGCCACGCGCACCCGGGCACCGAGACGUCGUCGCGCAACAGCGAGGUCGUCCACGCGGGGCUCUACUACGGCCGCGGCACGCUCAAGACGGCCCUCUGCACGCGCGGCCGCCGCCUGCUGUACACCUUUUGCGCCGCCCACGCCGUCGCCCACCGCCGCACCGGCAAGUGGCUC